CCUCCACCUCCACCACCGCCACCAAUGUCAUUUCAGCAACAACAAAUGUGUCUUCCCCAAACAGCAGUGCGAAGACCCAACCCUACAAAUCGACGUCAAAGUGCACGUGCAUCCAAGUAUCUUCAUCCUUUGGCUCUCAAUUUGUGCUUUACAUCUCUCAAAUCUUUGCAGGAGAAUAGCGUAUCCACAACAUCACCAACAUCACCAACAUCCUCAUGUAAUUUCAGCAGCAACGGACUUAUUGACGCUUGGGCCAAACCACACCAAAUCACCAUGAAGCAGUUCUUUUGGUCCAAACUACCCGCCGAACGUAUUCAACAUACGGUGUGGAAUGAGAUUCACUCGCCUGAUUUCAACAAUGCACUGGAUUCCCCUUUGAUGAGCAGCUGUAGUGAAACCGAGGAGGAGGAUGGUGAAUGGUCAGCUGCACCACAACGAUCGAAGCGUCCAUCCGAAAACAAUGUGCAAUUGGAUACAGGUGAAUUGGAACGAUUGUUUAAAAAGUCUCGAAAAGCAACCGGUAACAAUGCAACCAAUGCACCCAAUCCUGUGGAAACAAAGCGCAAGGCUAUCACAUUGCUCGAAUUCAAUCGUGCCAACAACAUUGCCAUCAUGUUGGCAAGGAUCAAGUUGACCUACCCUGAAAUCCGUGACGCUAUUUGGAACAUUGAUGAUCAUCGGUUAUCGGUCGACAAUUUGAUGGCCAUCCGCCAAUACAUCCCCAACAAGGAAGAGAUUGAGAUUGUCAAGGAUUUCGAGGGUGAUGUGGAUGCAUUGGGAGACGCAGAGCGUUAUUUCCGUGCGAUUAUGUAUAUUCCCCGACUGGCAGAUCGUGUCAGCUGCAUGAUUUUCAGACGACGCUUCAAGCAAGAAUUGGAAGAAAUCAUUCCGCAAUUGGACGUACUGCAAGAUGCCAUCUGUGAACUUAAAGAGAGCACCCGCUUCAAACAAGUGCUAAAGACUGUGCUCGCUAUUGGCAACUAUUUGAAUGGGCAAACGAUUCGUGGCAAUGCUUAUGGUUUUCGAUUGGAUGCUUUACUCAAGAUGCGAGAUACCCGUGCCGAAGGUGAAGGUGUGAGCAACAUGCCUACCUUGUUGCAUUACCUGGUCCACUUUUUGGCCAAGAGUGGGGAUGAAGUAGUCAACUUUCGUGAAGAUAUUGUUCAUUUGGAGCAAGCCGCAAAAAUGUCACCGCCCAUCAUUUUUGCAUCUGUCAAUGCACUGAAUGCAAACAUUUCCCACAUCAAGGAAGAGCUGAGUCUGCAUCGACGUCGGCGUACAUCAGUGCACCAAAUUGAUCGGUUUGCCGAAGCAAUGGAUGAAUUCUUGAUUGAAGCGGAACCCAUUGUCGACAAUCUUAAACAAAUGACACGGGACAUUGAUGACAAGCUUAAAGAUCUUAUCACUUAUUAUGGCGAGGACCCUGCAACCAUCAAAUCUGAGGAGUUCUUUGACAUCAUCCAAUCAUUCUCGGCAUCAUUUGCGAAAGCACAAGUGGAGAUUCACGAAGCUCGGGAACGCGCGUUACGAAGACAAAAGCAACAAGAGAUGCAGCUCAAGCGUAGACCACAUGUUUCCUCCUCUUGCUCCAGUCGCGAUAGUCAAUCCACAUUUGCAUCAUCGUCACUUUCUCGAUCAACAUCAUUGAGCAGUGUUAGCAGUGCUGGAGAUCCUCAUCAACAAUCGCCUUUGACACCAAGAUCAUUUAAUCUCACAUCGCCAAGUGGUUUGCAUAAACCAGAUGAUGAUGGUUUCGAGCAUGUGCUGCGAGAGCUGCGCGCAGGAUUGAAACAAGGCGAACACUCUUGGCGUAUCAGUACCCCAAGUCCUGUUGUAUUGCGAUAUAGGCAACGAAAAGAGCAAGAGCAACAAGCCAUGGCAUCCUCCUCACAAGAGAUCAAGACUUGA